AUGUGGGCCCUGCUCAGAGGACUCUACAGGGAUAUGAUGCUAGAGAACUAUAGCCACCUCAUCUCAGUAGGGUAUUGUGUUGCCAAACCAGAGGUGAUUUUCAAAUUGGAGCAAGGAGAAGAGCCAUGGAUGUUAGAGGAAGAGUCCCAAAAUCAGAACCACCCAGGCGAUAAAUUAUUUUCAUUUCUGGACUUUUGCAUAAUUGACCUGAUGGAGAAUAGCCAGGGAAAUGAAAACAAGCAUUGGUGGAAAGUUGAUUUUGUCCACAACAAAACAGUGACUAAAGAGAGAAAUAGUGUGUUAGGAAAAACAUUUUCUUGGAACACAAACUCUGUUUUACCAAGGAAAAUACCUGGUAUAUAUGACUCUUCUGUAAUGAAUUUGAAUAUUUCAGAAUUAAUUAUCACUAACAGAAACUCCUUUGUAAAGAAGAUCGGCGAAUUUAGUGUUCAAGGGAAAUUGCUUCUUAGUACAAAGCCUGAGAAUUCUCAUGCCAGAGAAAAACCUUUUAAAUAUGGUAGAAGUGGGAAAGCUGUCAGUCAAAAUGAAGACCUCUUUCAACAUCAGGAUAUUCAAACUCUAAAGCAAUUGUUUGUAAAUGAAUGUGGGAAAGCCUUUUAUAAGGAGGCAGCCUUCAUUACCUGA